AUGAUGGUGUUUUCGUUAUCCAUAUCCUCCUCUCUUCUUCUUCUUCUUCUUCUUCUUCUGAUAAUGGCGGUCGCAGAAAUGUCAGCACAGCCAAUUCCGACUACCCUGGACGGCCCGUUCAAGCCCGUCACCGUCCGAUUCAACUCCUCGCUGCGCCGCGGCAGCGACGACCUGCCGAUGGACCAUCCUAGGCUCAGGAGAAACGCCACCGGGAAUUUCCCCGAACAGAUUGCUAUCGCCUUGUCCAAUCCGACCUCCAUGUGGAUUUCGUGGGUCACUGGGGAUGCGCAGAUUGGGGUUAAUGUGACUCCGGUUGAUCCGAGAGGCGUGGGCAGUGAAGUGUGGUAUGGUAAAGAGAGUGGAAAAUAUGGUGAAAAGAGGAGAGGGGUUUCUGUGGUUUACAGUCAGCUGUAUCCAUUCGAAGGGCUCUGGAAUUAUACUUCUGGCAUUGUUCAUCAUGUCAGGAUUGAUGGACUUGAACCUGAAACAAAGUAUUAUUACAAGUGCGGGGAUAACUCUUUAUCUGCAAUGAGCAAUGAGCUUGUAUUUGAGACGUUGCCAUUGCCUGGAUCCAGAAAGUAUCCUGCCCGAAUAGCAUUGGUCGGAGAUUUAGGGCUUACGAGCAAUUCAUCAACCACGAUCGACCACCUCAUCUCAAAUGAUCCUUCUCUCAUUUUAAUGGUCGGAGACUUGACGUAUGCGAAUCAAUAUCUCACCACAGGAGGGGAAGGCGCUUCUUGCUACUCUUGUUCAUUUCCCGAUGCGCCAAUAAGGGAAACGUACCAACCUCGUUGGGACGGAUGGGGGAGGUUUAUGCAGUCUCUCAUAUCAAGAGUACCUAUGAUGGUGAUCGAAGGCAACCAUGAGAUCGAGCCUCAGGCUUCGAACGUCACAUUCCUGUCAUAUAUGACUAGAUUUUCUGUUCCUUCCUACGAGUCCGGUUCCAACAGCAGCUUCUACUAUUCUUUCGAUAGUGGAGGCAUACAUUUUGUCAUGUUGGGGGCAUACGUCGAUUACAAUCAAACUGGUUCCCAGUAUGCUUGGCUGGAGAAAGACCUCCGAAAUCUGGAUCGAACCGCAACUCCAUGGCUGGUUGCCGCAUGGCAUUCGCCUUGGUACAAUAGCUACUCUUCGCACUAUCAGGAAUUUGAAUGCAUGAGACUGGAAAUGGAAACGCUACUUUACAAACAUGGGGUGGACAUCGUCUUUUCUGGUCAUGUGCACGCCUAUGAGAGGAUGAAUAGAGUCUAUAACUACACAUUGGAUAAAUGCGGACCAGUGUACAUAACAAUAGGGGAUGGGGGCAAUAUUGAGAAAGUCGAUGUCGAUCAUGCAGAUGAACCGGGAAAGUGCCCCUCUCCCAGUGACAACAUUCCUGAAUUCGGGGGCGAAUGCCACAUGAACUUUUCUUCUGGGCCGGCAAAGGACAAGUUUUGUUGGGAUCGACAACCUGAGUGGAGUGCCUAUAGAGAAAGCAGCUUCGGCCACGGCAUACUUGAGGUUGCGAAUUCGACGCACGCACUAUGGACAUGGCAUAGGAAUCAGGACACAUACAACAAUAGCUACGGGGAUCGGAUUUACAUUGUCCGGCAGCCUGAGUUGUGCUUGGUAGGAUCCCAGGGAAAUAAAUUUGCUCCUUAUUUGCCAUCGUUGUCUAGCUUAGCAGCAGCUUCAACUGUGGAUCUAUUGUUUGGCGGUGUUGUAUUCUUUGUUGCGACGUCUAUCUUUAGCUUCUUAUAGAUCAAGUGGCUAGGCCAUCCCAUUUGGAUCGAAAGCUACUACCGGUUUGAUUUUGAGAGGUUGCCUGGGUGGUGUGGGGGGGCGGGGUUAAAGAAAAAAUAUAAUAAAAUUGUCUUGUUUUAAUUCAGAACUAGCUGCUACUGGAUUUUACGCUACAUCGUGCUAU